UUGAAAGUUUAAACUAUGGGCAUUAAUUAAAGAAAAGGAAAGAAUGGCAGAAGGGAGGCGAGGGUAUUUAUGAGAGUUUCACAUGCAUUAUUUAAAUUGCUCCCAAUUCACAAUAGUUCAAAACGUGGAGCAUAGGUUGAAGCAUGAGACAGAAGAGAAGGUAACUGGGAUCACGCACCAUUCAAAUUUAUUGCUCUGCCUCAUAUCACGCCCCCAUUUAAUUUUCACUUCCACCCAAUUCGCAUUCCUUUCUAUGGCUUCGGCAAAACCCAAACCAACGAAAAGACUCGCAGAAUUUCUCAAGGAGCAACAAGACCCUUUCAUCUUAGACCUUUACCUUUUAGAAAGAGGCUACUCAACAAAAACAAAUGGAGACAAAAAGAGAGACCCUCUCUUCCCAAUUUCCAAACUUCUCACAACUCUACACAAGAAGCUCCUUUUCCACAACCGUAGCUGCAUUCUCAUUAGGGACUCUCAAAUCAUAAACCAACAUGUUAAUGUUAGUGUCCCUCAUGAAACCGAGAGCACUGAUCACACUAUUCAUGACACGGAUCGCUUCUCCUUCUCAACAGCUACCAACUCAACCGUCUACCUCUCAUGCUCAGACAUUGAUGAAGAUGGAACCUCCUUGUCGCCACAAAAAGACAAACCCUCGUUUUCUCCAAAUACUUCCGACAUAAGAGUACUACAGAGCCAGCAGGGUACGAAUAAUGAAAAACAGAACCAGAUAUGUUUAGAAGGUUGCCCUGUUCCAGAGUCCGGAAAUAUUUGUGUGACGCAGCGGACAUUGAAUCAGGAUGUUUCGAGAAUGGAAGAGGGAAUGAAAAUGAGCAAUUGUUGUGUUAUUGUACCGAAGAAAAUCACGGAGGAUUCAGUGUUAUCGGUGGCUCUGUGGAGUUCGUUUAUUCAGUCAGCGAGGAGAGAAAAAUGUAGAAAGGAACUGCGAGAGAUUCUGGGGGCAAAUCCAAAUGUUUGCCACGUGUUGAAAUCUAGAACUUUAUUGCACAAGGCAAAGCAGCUACUAUUUGAUUGUGUGAGAGAAAUUAGUGUAAAUGUUUCGAGAAAAGGUUGUAGAGAAGAGCAAUGUUUGAAAGAAUUAAAUUUAAGAGGACGUGAAGAGGUGGGGAAGAGGAGAAGGAAAUUGGGAAAAGUGGGUGUGAAUGAGACAAAUAUAAGCAACUUAAGUUUGGAUUCUAUGGUCGAAUGGAGUGAGUUGAAGCCACAAGUGAGACAUAUUUGCGUUGAGGUAGCCGAUGCGGUUUUGGAAGGCGUGACCAACGAAAUUGUGGCAGAGAUGAUUCAAGUUGUGUCACCAACCUUGUAAUCACUUUAAUUUCGAUUCUAAUGAAUCCUCCCCAUUUUUCAUUUUCUGUUAGAUGCAAUGGCGAUGCCAUUCUUUAAUCUUCAUGCCGAAAACCAAAUUUAACUCAUCUAACAAACAUUUUCACCAUAGCGUUGGUAGAGUUCUACAAAAAAAGAUAUGCAUGUGAAAAAUAAAGAUAAAAGAUUACAUGGAAGGGAAAGUUGCAAGUGCGGCUCCAACCACAUGGAAUGGGUAUUAAAAUUUGAUUGUGGGGACAAAAUGAUGAUUAUCACUCCACCCACUAUGACUGCUGUCAUUGAGCCAUUCUUCUUUCCAUUUAAAGAUGCGAUUUUGCUUCCUUGUGGGCUCAAUGCCGCACUUAAAAAAGGAGGUAAGCUAAGCUAAGGCUACGACUACAUGUUGUACUUUUAUAGCUACAUGAUUGAGAUGACUCACUAUGUUUAACUAACCGCAUACAUUCAAGAGCAGUAGAUGAAGGAUUUUGCCUUUUA